CCCCGUACUCCGCCCCUAGAACUCGACUCAACUGCCAAGUUUCCAGGUAAACUCGGCUUUCAACCAAAACAUCGGUGUCUUCGAAGCGAAAAGGAUUCAACAUGGACGGACAGGCAAACCAGAGUUGGCAGGGAAAUAGGACGUCCCCUAAUCCUGCAAGAUCGAGCCCUGGACUUCCUCAGCAAAGACGUUAUGACGAAUCUUGGGUAGAAGUAGCAUCGCAACCCUCGUCCUCAUCUCUGUCAAGCAUCGGCGACGAGAUAGUUACGACUGGAUUACGCGUUGGAAACCCCUAUGUACGCCGACGCCGCUUACAGCCUGCGAGAUCGCUUCCCCAACAAAAUACGGCCAUCCACAACGUGUCUACCGCCGAUAUGAGCAGCCAGGAAGAAUAUGACGAGAGUGACAGUGAAGACGAUCGACUACUUACCAGCUCAACCGAGAACACUCAUCGGUCAGAAGAGGAGAUGGAUCUUGAUUCGGAGGCCGAGUCAGAUGGUGAUAACGUCACCGCGCUUGGGCGGGUGUCCGAUCGACCUGCAGACCAACCCGUCUUUCGACCUCAACCUAACGCCUUCACGCAUCCAUCGACACAAAGACGGGACUCUGCUCCAGCUGUCCCAACUGCGGCCCCUCCUCACCCUCAUAAUGGUCUUACACGACCGUCUUUCACUCAGAGGUCACAAACACGGCCCCACCGGGCGGGUCCAAGCUUUAUGUCCCCAGCUGUCCGCGAAGAGAACGAUGCAGCUCUACGCGCAUCUCUAACCACCCUUCUUUCUUGUGCGCACGCAGCUAGAGGUUUGCCAAAGUCAAAGGAGGAAGCUGAAGCCCAGCGAGCGGCCAGCGCAGGCGUAGGACCUAGCAACCAGCCGAUGGAGCUGCGACUUGUGCCGGAGUCGGAGCUGUCACAGGAACCACCAAGACAGAGAAGGGUCCAACGACCCGCCGCACCGUCUCCACCCCGCAAACGGGCCGGGGGGUCAAGAUCUCCUUCACGAACCUCCAAGCACGGCUCUGGAUCGCCAACGACGCCACGGGCUACCAAGAAGAAGAAGAUGGCCCAGAUGGAAGAGCCUACCACCAUCUCACCAACUCUCCUCACAUGGGUUGUCAGCGCCGGCGUUGUCAUUGUCGUGUCUGUGGUGGGAUUUGGUGCAGGGUAUGUUAUCGGUCGUGAAGUUGGCAGACAAGAGGCGCUGGCAGCGAGUGUUGGCAGCGUCAACGACACCACGUCUUGCGGUCAGGAAGUCAUCCGAUCUUCAGGCAGUGGAUUGCGAAAACUUCGAUGGGGCGCUGUCGGUAAGAGCAUCGUUGCUUAGAAAAUCUAGCGAUGUGACGCUAGCCAAGCCUCAUUCUGCUUUCGAAACGACGAGUAGAUCGGACGUUUCUUCUGGCGAGGUUCAAGAGAGUUGUGUUUGUCGUUUACGGAACUCUGAGGAUUUGGUGAGAUAUAUUGGUGGCUACAGUUAUGACGUACGCAAAGUUGCUCAUGAGGUCGACGUUCAUGUUAUUAACGACUCAUCACGUACAGGCGAGAAUACCUCUCUGCAUUUUUUCGCAUUCUUUUUAUGGGAUACACGGUAAAUUUGGCAUGUUUUCUACCUUCACUUUUUUAGCCUGGCGAGUCUAUUCUUUUUACCCGUGUAAAUAGUCUUCGUUCAAGGCAUCGGUAAUAUUCCCCUCAUGAUUUAAUAGUAUAGGGUACAGGAAUAAAAAUAUUACUUGCAAAUA